UCGACCCAGCCCGUUGCCUCGCGUUGCGGAACUGUUCACCUUUUCGUCAUGGCGCAGAUUCGGGAUGCCAUCGCUAAGAAAAGCCUGGACGAGGCAAAGGAGGUCUGCAACCAAACAGCGGAUCACAAGGCGUUGAUCAGGAAGUUCAUCAAGGAAUAUGAGAGCCCCCUUUGUGACGACGUCAAGUACGGUAAGAAGAAGUACCAGGCGAUGUUGCAGCAGGCGGUGAACAAUCGCAUCGGAACGAUUGUCAUCGACCUGGAAGAUCUGGAAAUGUUCUGCAAGAAGGAGAUCAAAGAUCCAGAGGCUCAUGGAAUGAUCAGCUAUCAGCAGUCCAUCCAGAGCUUGUUGAGCGCCAUUGAGGGCAACAUCUUGCGAUACCAGCGGUUUUUCUAUGAGGUCUGCGAUUCCGAGCAGCCUCUUCGCGAUGGCAGCUACCGCGCAGAGGGCCCAGCACGUGCACGUGAUGCCGUGCAGAGCUGGAGACAGCGCGUGAAUAAGCAGAAGGAGGAACAGGGCGGUGCCAUGCCGAAGGAAGUUGGAGUUCCACCCAAGCUAAAGAACCCUUGGGAUUUGCGUUUCAUGCCCCGUAGCAGUGGGCAAAGCAUCCCUUUGCGACAGAUUCGCGCUGAAUCCGUUGGGUCGCUGAUUCAGCUGGACUGUUUGGUGGUGAAUGUCUCGCAGGUGAAGCCCAAAGUAGAGGUGGUCACCUAUCACUGCGAGAUGUGUGGCUCUGAGGUCUUCCAAUCAGUCGAGGGUGAAAACUACACCCCACCCAGAGAGUGCCCAGCUCAGAAGUGCAGGGACAACAAGCAGUCAGGCAACCUCCGCUGCAACAUCCGAACCUCGGCCUUCACGAAAUACCAGGAGAUGAAGGUGCAGGAGAUGUCAGAGCAUGUGCCACAGGGUGGAGUCCCAAGGUCCAUCUCAGUCUUGGUGCAGGGCGACCUGACACGAGAGGUGCUGGCAGGAGAUGCCAUCACUUUGACCGGCGUGUACUACCCCCAUAAGUUGCCCUACUUCAUGACGAUGAGGCAGAACACUCCCACUACGCAGUCCAUGUACAUCGAGGCACAUCACAUUCAAAAGCACAAAAAGGGCUACAGCGAGAGCCCAACUGACGAGGACGCCAUGGAGCACAAGCUCAACGAAGCCAUGGCCCACGGCAGCCUCUACGAGAACGCCGCCAAGUCCAUCGCCCCGGAGAUCUUUGGACACCAAGACGUGAAGAAGGCCUUGCUGCUGGUGCUCAUUGGUUCCUUCACCAAGCAGAUGCAGGAUGGCCUGAAGAUCCGCGGGGACAUUCAUACCUUGAUGAUGGGCGACCCUGGCGUGGCAAAGAGUCAGCUGCUGAAGCAGGUCUGUGCCAUUGCUCCCAGGUCGGUCUACACCACGGGCAAGGGUUCCACCGGAGUGGGCUUGACGGCCACGGUGAACCGGGACAACGCCACCGGAGAGGUGACCUUGGAGGGUGGAUCCCUGGUCUUGGCGGACAACGGCGUGUGCUGCAUCGAUGAGUUUGACAAGAUGGAGGAAGGCGACCGAACCGCCAUCCACGAGGUCAUGGAGCAGCAGACGGUGUCCAUCGCCAAGAGCGGGAUCACCACCACCUUGAACUGCAGGACCACCAUUCUGGCUGCAGCAAACCCAGUGUAUGGUCGCUACAAUCCCUACAAGUCGCCAGUGGAGAACAUUGACCUGCCGGCUGCGUUGCUCUCCCGCUUCGACAUGGUCUUCCUGCUUUUGGACACCGUGGAUUGUGACAAGGACAAGCAAUUGGCGGAGCAUGUGACCAAGGUGCACAGCAGUUUCGAGAAGAAGGACAAAGAUGGCUUGGAACUCGUGGAAGACGCGGAUGUCUUGGGCCUCGGUUUCAAGGCCUUCGAUCACAAGUUCAUGCGUGCCUAUGUCAGGAAAGCUCGAAGCUUCGAACCGUUGUUGGACGAUGCCUUGCGAAGCGACAUGGCAGAGGCCUAUGUUGCCAUGCGAGAUGAGGAGAAGCGCGAAGGCAUCCAGGAAAAGAAGAGCUACACCACGCCGCGCACGUUGUUGGCUUUGAUGCGACUCUCUCAGGCCCAUGCCCGUGCUCGCUUCUCCCAUCGAGUGGAGCGCGAAGAUUUCGAGGAGGCCAUGCGCUUGAUGAAGGCAUCCAAGGAGAGCAUUGAGUUGAGCGCACCAGCCAAGCGUGGACAAAAUCCAUUGGAUGUGGUCUAUGAGAUUCUGGCAGAUCUGAGUCGCCGAGAUGCCGUGAAGGAUGGAUGGGUCGACAUCGCUCACGUGGUGAGUAUGGCUGGGCACAAGGCCCUGACCAAGGAGAUGGUCCUGGAAGCCGUCGAAAGCUGGCAGAGUUUGAGCGUUGUGAUGAUGAACCCAGAGAAGACCAUGGUCCAGUUCAUGGUCCCCCUGGAGUGAGGGACGGCGGGGACGGCGCAAGGCUGUCGUGCCGCUGUGGUGCCAUGGGGGUUCUGCAAAGAAGCGGCAGUAAAAAACGGUGCUGUUGGUGCGUU